AUCAAGCCUUAAACCAACAGCAGUGGCUUGCUGACGGCGGUGCUUGUGUUGCCCAACCUUAGUCGCCGGCGGCGACCACACCAUCCCUUAGUCUGUGGUGAAAUGCUAUACGUAGCCUCCACAUCCCCUUUCCAGUCUCCCGAGUCCUCAUCUAUCGCAUUGCCUCCUCUCAAGGUAAGAAAUUCGCAUGUUAGAUUGAAACAAACACGGUCUUACCAGUGUUGGGAACUUGGGAUAGUCGGAAGAGGAGCUUUAUUCGAUGUCGCUGCGUAUUGCUGCGGAUGCACUGCGAAGAGCUUCAUCCACAAAGAUAUUACAUUCGCCAAAUCAAAGCCUUCGAUUCCUCUCUGGUUCGGCUGCAUCGGCCUCAACUUCGGCGUCAAGCCCUAGCUUGUCAAUAUGGCGGCGAAAGAAGGAGAUGGGUAAAGAAGGCCUGAUUGUGGCCAAAGAGCUUAAGAGGCUACAGUCCCAUCCGGUUCGGCUCGAUCGCUUCAUUCGCUCCCAUGUCUCUCGCCUGCUGAAGUCUGAUCUCGUAUCGGUCCUCGCCGAGUUCCAGAGGCAGGACCAGGUCUUUCUCUGCAUGAAGUUGUAUGAUGUAGUGCGCAAAGAAAUAUGGUACCGGCCAGAUAUGUUCUUUUACAGAGACAUGCUCAUGAUGCUUGCAAGAAACAAAAGGGUGGACGAAAUAAAGAGGGUUUGGGAAGAUUUGAGAAGAGAGGAAGUCCUUUUUGAUCAGCAUACAUUUGGAGACAUCAUUAGAGCUUGUUUGGAUAGUGGCUUGCCCAAUGAGGCGAUGGACAUAUAUGAAGAAAUGAGGCAAUCUCCUGACCCUCCUCUUUCAUUACCUUUUCGGGUGAUAUUGAAGGGACUUAUUCCCUACCCAGAACUAAGAGAGAAGGUAAAAGACGACUUCUUAGAGCUUUUUCCCGGCAUGAUCGUCUAUGAUCCUCCUGAGGACUUGUUUGAAGAUCAAGAGCACCACCAGAGUGAAGAUGAUGAAUAGAGCUCUGUUGACUAGCUUCUUGAAUUCCUUUGCCAUAAUCGGCAGUCUCAGAUGUUUGUGGCAGCUUUGCUCCUGCACUGAAUUUCUCUGACACUUGUUGAGACUUAGGAGCUGCUGUUAACGUCGAAGGAACGGUUGCAAUGUAGGAGCCAGAUCAGGCGAAUCUUUUGUACUUCCAGAUGACAAAGUAUAAUUGCCUUUCUCAAUUCAAAUGGAUUGGAAUUGCUGCUGAUAACAUGGAAUCUGGUUUCGACUCAUCUUUGUUCCUGCUUUCUGGAUAAUGAUGUUACGGGUGGAAACUGCAUGCUUAAAGGCAUUUUAGACAAUCUUGCAAUGGUUUACUAAACUAUUGUUCCCGUAUGAGGCUUGCAUGAUUGUUUCCGCUUUCGUUUUGUUGAAAGGAUCAUUCUUACUGAUUCUUGCUGGUUUACUUGGUUGAGGUUGAGGACUUGAGGUCAUGAAAAAUGUUGCCAUAUUUCAGCUAAUGGAAUGUCGUGUCAAAGACAAUGAUUUGUUGUGAUACGUAUUCUACCUUUUGAAGGUAAAAGCACACCCUUUUGGAUAUCAUUUGUACAAAUACCCUCUUUCAUUCUGCUAGUCUCUCAAAUGGUUCAUUA